CCUGUUCCUUGUGUAACGGCGGAGGCGCUGUGAUUGUUUACAGGAGUUUGUGCGCUUGUGUUUGUUGAACUUUGGUUUGCACAGUAUAGGUGCGAUGUCAGCCUCUCGAAAUGCAGCAAAACAGGACAACGUGAAAGUACGCACAGAGAAAUGCAGAUAGUUUUGUGUUGUUUCGGUGCGUUGACAAGGUAGGUCGGUGACUAGUAGGGAACAGGGCAGGGGGGCUCGCUCGGACUCGGGAGUCGGAGCGCUGACCGGGGCUGCUAACUGCUGCUAGCCGGAGGGAGCCUCCGGCCCGGGAGAGCCGGGCUUUUCCCGAACGAACCAGUCGAUGUCCAGCCGCUCGAUGUCGAUGACCGUCCUCGGUUGGAAGCAGCGGGGGAAUUCAGGCAGAAUAGCAGCGAGCAGGCAGUGAGUGAGUGAGUAGGGAGCGUGUUGCUGUUGCUGGGACGGGAUCCGAUCGGAUCGGGCUCCGUCCGGUCGCCGCCGGGUCACCAUGGCCGAAGAGCUCCACCCGAACAGGAGAGCCAACUUCUCCUCCGGCGCCUUGGCGGGACCAGCGAACGGCCUCACCAAGCCCCCUGCCUCCUUGGCCUCCAAGACUGGCGCUUCCAAGAAAUUAGUCAUUAAAAACUUCAAAGACAGGCCUAAGCUAGAAGACCGUUACACGGAGGAGACGUGGCUCAAACUUGAGGAAGCAGUGGGUGCGAUCCAGAGCAGCACAUCCAUCAAGUACAACCUAGAGGAGCUUUAUCAGGCAGUGGAGAACCUGUGCACCUACAAAGUGUCCCCGAAGCUUUACAGGCAGCUGCGGCAGGUGUGCGAGGAUCAUGUCAAAGCUCAAAUCCACCAGUUCAGGGAAGAAUCUUUGGACAACAUCUCUUUCCUGAAGAGAAUGGAGAGGUGCUGGCAAGACCACUGCCGGCAGACUAUCAUGAUCCGAAGCAUUUUCCUGUUUCUGGAUCGUACCUAUGUUCUCCAAAACUCCCUGCUGCCUUCCAUUUGGGAUACAGGGCUGGAGCUGUUCCGGACCCAUAUCAUAAGUGAUCGUGCAGUCCAGACACGCACUGUGGAUGGAAUUCUGGAGCAGAUUGAACGCGAGCGCAAUGGAGAAGCCAUUGAUCGCAGCCUAUUGCGGAACCUAUUGAGCAUGCUCUCAGACCUGCAGGUUUAUAAGGACUCUUUUGAGCAGAAGUUCCUUAUGGAUACAAAUCGUCUGUAUGCAGCUGAGGGCCAGAGGCUAAUGCAAGAAAGAGAAGUGCCAGAAUAUUUGCACCAUGUGGCUCGCCGAUUAGAGGAGGAGAAUGACCGUGUCAUCACUUACCUUGACCAGAGCACACAGAAGCCACUCAUAACCACUGUGGAGAAACAGCUGCUGGGUGAACAUUUGACAGCCAUUCUGCAGAAGGGCCUGGACAGCCUGCUGGAUGAGAAUCGUGUGACAGAACUGGCGUUACUGUAUCAGCUCUUCAGUAAAGUCAAGGGAGGACUUUCUGUCCUACUUCAGCACUGGAAAGAGUACAUCAAGAAUUUUGGAGGUACAAUUGUUGGAUCUCCGGAGAAGGACAAGGACAUGGUUCAGGAACUUCUGGACUUCAAGGACAAGAUUGAUCACAUCAUCCAAACAUGCUUCCAGAAGAAUGAAAGCUUCCUCAAUGCCAUGAAGGAGUCAUUUGAAAAUUUCGUCAACAAGAGGCCCAACAAACCUGCAGAGCUCAUAGCCAAGUAUGUGGACUCAAAGCUGCGCGCUGGCAACAAGGAGGCUACUGAUGAGGAGCUGGAGCGAAUCCUGGACAAAAUCAUGAUUAUCUUUCGCUUCAUUCAUGGAAAGGAUGUGUUUGAAGCAUUCUACAAAAAAGACCUGGCUAAACGUCUUCUUGUAGGCAAGAGUGCUUCAGUAGAUGCAGAAAAGUCCAUGCUCUCCAAACUGAAGCAUGAGUGUGGGGCAGCUUUCACAAGCAAGCUAGAAGGAAUGUUUAAAGACAUGGAGCUCUCCAAAGAUGUGAUGAUCCAAUUCAAACAGUACAUGCAGAACCAGAGUGAUCCAGGUAACAUUGAACUGACUGUGAAUAUCUUGACUAUGGGGUACUGGCCCUCAUACACACCCAUGGAAGUCCAUCUUCCCUCUGAGAUGGUGAAAUUGCAGGAAGUGUUUAAGACAUUCUACCUUGGAAAGCACAGUGGCCGGAAGCUACAGUGGCAACCUACACUUGGCCAUGCUGUGCUCAAGGCUGAAUUCAAGGAGGGUAAGAAGGAGCUGCAGGUGUCUCUGUUCCAAACACUGGUACUACUGAUGUUCAAUGAGGGAGAGGAGUUCACCAUGCAGGAGAUCCGCAGUGCCACUGGAAUAGAGGAUGGUGAACUGCGACGCACACUGCAGUCACUGGCCUGUGGAAAGGCACGCGUCCUAAACAAGAUUCCACGUGGGAAGGAUGUAGAAGAUGGGGACCGCUUUUGCUUCAAUGCCGAUUUCAAGCACAAACUGUUUCGAAUCAAGAUCAACCAAAUCCAGAUGAAGGAGACGGUUGAGGAGCAGGUGAGCACCACUGAGCGAGUGUUCCAGGACCGGCAGUAUCAGAUUGAUGCAGCCAUUGUGCGUGUGAUGAAGAUGAGGAAGACGCUAAGUCACACCCUGCUUGUGUCUGAACUCUACAACCAGCUCAAGUUCCCAGUUAAGCCUGGAGACUUAAAGAAGAGGAUUGAAUCUCUUAUUGACCGUGACUACAUGGAGCGUGACAAAGAGAGCCCCAACCAGUACCACUAUGUGGCAUGAACGGGUUGCCCUUCAAUCCAUUCUAGCUUGAAAAGGUUUCUGGAUGAUCCCUUCAGUGGCACUUCCCCAAUUACCGUUUGGACAUGCCGCAGUCACACAGCUCUGUUGAUGCAAGGCAAUGCAUGUUGUUUUCUUAGAAAUGGGCACUGACCAGACAGGGAGAUACAUCCAGCCUACUGACUUGAUUUUGUAGCACUUUCUUAUUUGUUUUUUUCCAACUGUCUGUUCUGCUGUAGUUGUUUCUGUCAUGUGUGUGUGUCCCCCUCGGUUUUUCGGUUGUUUGUAAUUCAGUGCGGUUAUUUCAAGCUGAAGAGUACCUGUGAAACCUGGAGGAGUGUUUUACUUAAGCACUGAUUUGAGCAGAAGCACACAAAUGUAGACAGAGACCUCUCUGCUCAGGGCAGUUUAUUUUCCUCUAAUACAUGCAAUGUCUGCCAGGGGUCAAGAGGAUGGGCACGGCAGGGACAUGCACCCAUGGUGUGGAGAUCAGAGGGAGGGUUGAGACUUCCAGCUUUUCUUCACCUUUGCAAUGGUCAAUGUGCGUUCUACAAAAUUUUGUAGACAAGCUUCUAGCUCUUUAAGGAUUUGAGAAAAUGUAAAAAAUAUAAAAUAAACAUUUAAAGAAAAUAUUCUAAGAAUGUGUGGGGAGAGACACUUCUGUUGCGUUCAUGUUAGGUGAUAAGGUAUGUAUGCCAUGCUGGUGUGACUAUCAUCCCAUUUUUUUUCCCCUGAAAGGAUGACAUAAAGCUGUAAAACUACGGUUCUAAGUAGUUAAACCAAAAAUGUUUUGGUAGUUUCUGUGAGGUUUCAUGCAGUAUUGCCUACAAAAUAAUAUGCCGCGUUUCAUUAUCUUCUGAUAAGUAUAUUAACCUAACUGUGAAUACUUGAUGCUAUGAAAUGUCAUUCUUUUGUAAAAUUUUAGUUAACCUUUGGUUUUGUCCAAAUGUAACAAUGAGAUGUUACAUUUCAACUCUGCCUCCGCAAAGCUAUUGAACUCUUAAUUCUGGAGGACUAACUUGAGCAGGUAUCCAUUCCAGCAAGACUAUAGGCCAAUAGAUUCAACUGUAACUACUUUUUCAUAACCUCUGUCUAAGGAGAGAUUAAAAACCUACUAAGCUCAGACUAGGUUCAGCACAAGAUAUGUUUAUGCAUUUGUUCAUGUAUACCCUUUGAAGUAUGCUUCUACUUCAGUUAUGUUUGGGGGGAUGACUAUCACCCUCAUAUUACCAUGUUAAGUUUCCCCCAUUUUACUCAACUUGCUUUUUUGGAACUGAACUGUAAGUAUAUCAUUUGACAUGUAGAGCAUUUAUUUGAUGCUUU